AUGAUUGGCAAAAUAAGACUCAAGCUCAUUGGAGUAAGGGAUAAGGAUGGUAGAAUUUUUAACUUGCCUACUGCUGAAGAAAUUGUUGCCUUAAUAAUUGGUGAUUUUGAUGGAGCAUUUGAUAAAAGGGAUAUCAUAGUUCAAACACAAUCAGGCGAUCUUCAGAGAAUUAGUGAGCUUCAUCCCUCUUAUCUUGCAUUGCAAUAUCCACUUAUCUUCCCAUAUGGAGAAGAUGGAUUUAGACUUGGUAUUAAACAUCGAGGUGUUUCAGUUGAUUGUGAUAUACUUAGAACCAACAACACAAUGAGAGAGUACUUUAGUUACAUAAUACAAGACAGAGCCAACCAAUUUUCGUUGUUACUCAAUGCCCAAAAGCUAUUCCAACAGUUUUUAGUUGAUUCCUAUACAAUGAUAGAAUCUGCACGGUUAGCUUACAUAAAGACACAACAACCCAAACUUAGAAGUCAAACGUUUAAGAAUUUAAAUCAAAGUGUUCAAAGUGGCCAAAGCGAUGCGUCAAAUUGUGGAAAACGAAUUUUGUUGCCAUCUUCAUUUACCGGUGGAGCGAGAUAUAUGAUGCAAAAGUAUCUAGAUGUUAUGGCAAUCUGCAAAGCUGUAGGAUAUCCAGAUCCCUUCAUAACAGUCACUUGUAAUCCCAAUUGGCCUGAGAUUUAUAGAUGUUUAAAAGACAAACGGUUGAACCCUCAAGAUAGACCGGAUAUUAUCGCACGGUUAUUCAAAAUUAAAAUCAAUCAUCUAAUUCAAGAUUUCAAGAAACAUAAAUUCUUUGGUGGGAUACAAGCAAUUAUUUAUACAAUCGAAUUUCAGAAACGUGGUCUACCUCAUGCUCAUAUAUGUUUGUUCUUAAGUGCCGAGAACAGGUUUCCAACGGCUAAAGAAAUCGAUUUGGUUAUUAGUGUUGAAAUACCUGACAAAGAGAUGGAUGCCGAACUGUAUGAACUUGUCAAACAAUUUAUGAUCCAUGGUCCUUGUGGUACAGACAAUCCUCAUUGUCCAUGCAUGGUUAAUUUAAAAUGUUCGAAGAAGUUUCCAAAAAAAUAUGUAGAUGAGACUUGUGUUGAUUCUGAAGGAUAUCCUGUCUACCAACGUCGUCAAUCAUGCAACACAGUAGAAAAAAAUGGCGUGUUGCUUGACAAUAGGUUUGUAGUUCCGUACAAUGCUAUACUACUCAAAAAGUAUCAGUGCCACAUAAAUGUUGAGUGGUGUAACCAAACAGGAUCCAUCAAAUAUCUCUUCAAAUACAUUAAUAAGGGUCCGGAUAGAGUGACAGCUUAUGUUUACGAAAGUACCACGACUGCUAAUGUGAACCCUCAAAACGAGGAAAUGACAAAUAAUGAAAAUCUCUCAAACGAAAGAGAAGUAGAUGACGUUAAAGCAUAUCUUGAUUGUAGAUAUAUUUCAACGUGUGAAGCUGCUUGGAGAAUCUUUAAGUUUAACAUACACUAUCGGUUUCCACCUGUUGAAAUAUUACCUAUUCACUGUGAAGAUGGUCAGGCUAUUGUUUAUGACGAUAAUUCAAACUUGUGUGACGUGAAUGAGAGCACAAAACAGAUUAUCGAGAGAUACUGCAAUUUGUUGGUAAACAUGAAAAGAGUGAGCAUCAACAAAGACAACGAAGAGUUAAUCGAGAAACUGGCUGAUGCUUUACCACACGAAACAUGGGGAACUUACUUGAUGAUGCUAAGGAACAAAAAGGGUUUCAGCAGUCUGACACUUAGCAAAUUUAUUGAGAAGAUUGAAGCUCGGGAGAUGGAGCAGAUUAAAAUUUCCAGAAUGAAAGUAUUUGAUGGUGAACAAGAUAUAGGGCUGUACUACAAAGGAGGGUUGAAUGAGAAAACAACCAAUUUGUCACCGAAAGUUGAAACCGCAUACAAUGCAAAGAACUCAUCUGGAAGUUCUUCAAAAGGAUCAAACAGCAACACAAGAAUACUCAGAAGAGUUAGCUAA